GAGACUCUGUCUCAAAAAAGAAAAAAAACACACAAAGUAAAAUUACAGUGUGGCUUGCAUUUUAUUUCUGUUGGAGAGCACCACUUUAGAAAGAGACAGUGAGCAGGGAGAUCCUUAUAUCCUUAUAGGAACUAGGAAGAGGAGCCACUGCAGAAAUAAAUUCCGUGAUCCCAGACAAAGUGCUGGCACCAUCUCCUGGGUUUGAGAACCCAUACAGAACAGCGCAGAUUGCUGUUGAGGUCAGCUCCCAGCUCCCUGCCUCAUUCCUCUCUGAUUCCUCUUUUGUUCAGGCACAAAAACACUCCAUCUUGAAACUUUUGUCAUUAUUGCUUUGGUAGAAGGAGACCACAAUUGUUACCUGAGUUUUGAGUUGGGGACAACAGCAUUUCAACGACUAGGAGAUUUCAGGAGAAGCUAGUGGCCAUGAAGAUUCUCAAAAUCAGCAUGAACUUUACUUUUCACUUGUGUUCUUUCAAAGUUUGCUUCGACCCAACAUGUGGUAGAACUUCACCCUGCAAGCAUUUGCUCUUCUCUGGUUUUGUGUCUUUUCCUCCAGAACCGCGUUGUUUUUUGCAUGUUUUGCACGCAGCCAGAGGAAGUCUGGCUCAUCCGAGUCGGCCAGCCGAGCACAUCUGGAAGUGGUUUCUGGGGCCGCCCAUCUCUGCCAGCGCAACUCCUGGGUUCCCAGCACAGAGGUGGAAGAAAUCCGAGACGCUCCAAAGUCAACGCAAGCAAAGGGGAGUGCGGGUCGGGGAGGAAUAUUCAUUUGGAAACUUAAUGUUGGCCUUGGGGUUCUCCAGCCCUUUGGGACUUCCAAUGGGAUCUUAGAAGCAGCAGAAGCAUCGUGAGGGCGGCAGCCCAGGGCCAGCCACGAUUUGAACGCUCUGCCUUGCAGCUCUUCUGGACCGAGGAGCCCAAAGCCCUACCCUCACCAUUCACCAGGUUACGGUUCUUAUCUGAGUGAAUACACAUGGCUCUGUUACGAAAAAUUAAUCAGGUGCUGCUGUUCCUUCUGAUCGUGACCCUCUGUGUGAUUCUGUACAAGAAAGUUCAUAAGGGGACUGUGUCUAAGAAUGAUGCAGAUGAUGAAUCCGAGACUCCUGAAGAACUGGAAGAAGAGAUUCCUGUGGUGAUUUGUGCUGCAGCAGGGAGGAUGGGUGCCACUAUGGCUGCCAUUAAUAGCAUCUACAGCAACACUGACGCCAACAUCUUGUUCUAUGUAGUGGGACUCCGGAAUACUCUGACUCGAAUACGAAAAUGGAUUGAACAUUCCAAACUGAGAGAAAUAAACUUUAAAAUCGUGGAAUUCAACCCGAUGGUCCUCAAAGGGAAGAUCAGACCAGACUCAUCGAGGCCUGAAUUGCUCCAGCCCCUGAACUUUGUUCGAUUUUAUCUCCCUCUACUUAUCCACCAACAUGAGAAAGUCAUCUAUUUGGACGAUGAUGUAAUUGUACAAGGUGAUAUCCAAGAACUUUAUGACACCACCUUGGCCCUGGGCCAUGCAGCGGCUUUUUCAGAUGACUGCGAUUUGCCCUCUGCUCAGGAUAUAAACAGACUCGUGGGACUUCAGAAUACAUAUAUGGGCUAUCUGGACUACCGGAAGAAGGCCAUCAAGGACCUCGGCAUCAGCCCCAGCACCUGCUCUUUCAAUCCUGGUGUGAUUGUUGCCAACAUGACAGAAUGGAAGCACCAGCACAUCACCAAGCAAUUGGAGAAAUGGAUGCAAAAGAAUGUGGAGGAAAACCUCUAUAGCAGCUCCCUGGGAGGAGGGGUGGCCACCUCCCCAAUGCUGAUUGUGUUCCAUGGGAAGUACUCCACAAUUAACCCCCUGUGGCACAUAAGGCACCUGGGCUGGAAUCCAGAUGCCAGAUAUUCGGAGCAUUUUCUGCAGGAAGCUAAAUUACUCCACUGGAAUGGAAGACAUAAACCUUGGGACUUCCCUAGUGUUCACAACGACUUAUGGGAAAGCUGGUUUGUUCCUGACCCUGCAGGGAUAUUUAAACUCAAUCACCAUAGCUGAUAUAACUCUACCCUUAAAAUAUUCCCUGUCUAGAAAUGUGGAAUUGUCUCUUUGUAGCCAACUAUAACAUUGUUCUUUAUGAACAUUACGUUUGAUACAGAUGAGCCACAAUAUAAAAACCAAAAACUACUGUGUGCAAAUUAUACCUUGGACCAUAUAGGCAUUGACUGACUUCUUUAAGUACAUGUGUUAACUAUGGAAAUCGAGAUUAUGUGACUGAAAAACAUAAAGGAACAGACCCAUCUAGAUACCAGUAAUCAAUCUGCUUAAUUCUGAAUAACAAUUAUAUCCACAAAUUUUUAAAACUUCUAAAUGUAUUUUUCACAUGUAGAUCUUUUUAACAGGUUGCCAAUCUUUUCUUUUAUAAAACUAUUGCAUUUAAAAUAUGGAUGUCUGAAAAAUAAAAUAUUCAUCAUUUUUA